AUGGUGCUCGACCUCCUCGCGUUUAGGAACGUCUUUGCUUUUCAGAAGGGAAUGUGUGGUUUCUGCACUUGGGCUUUUGGCUCGUCCUGGAUGGUGGCUCAAAGUGUUUUACCUGAAAAUGACUUGGGAAAGGGUAGAUUUAGUUUAGCUUUCAUCUUCCAACAUAACUAUCAUAUGUUCACGUUAAUAGACCUCCACAAUGAGAAUUAUAAAAGCCUUCUAACAGUGGCCUUGUCUCCAAUUCCUAUGUUCCCAUUAAAGCAGUUUGCCUGUAUAGUUGUUUCUUUGACGGGUGCCAUAAAAGCUUCUAACAGUGGCCUUGUCUCCAAUUCCUAUGUUCCCAUUAAAGCAGUUGCCUGGAAAGUGGCACGCUACUACAGAGCCACAAAAGAUAAGAAUACAGCUUUUAAAGGUUUAGGUAGCGAAAGCAGAUCGUCCGAAUCUACGUGUGUGGACUCCCCCGUGACCGACGCCAAAGUCGUGGCCGUGAAUUCGGACGAGCGAGUGCUGUACUGCCUGGACGAAAGUUUAAAAUGGAGCACGGAUGACACGGUUCUUUUGUCUCAAUGCGUCGACGGACAGUGGACUACGCCUGAAGCCAUGUGUAAUACAGCAAGGGACACCACGGCAUGCAGCUCCAGUUACCCCCAGCUGGAUAACACCGAGACACCGAUGGAGGUAAAGCACGCAACAAGCCAGGCGGUCAUAGCCGCAUAUUAUAGAUGCGAAUCUCCGGGUGCUUGGCUCUCUGGUGCCCACGGUCGGGUGUCCCAGUGCGUGAACGGGCAGUGGACACCUGUUCAUGACAUCUGUGAUAGCGCUUGUCCGAUUCCCCGCGACUGCUACGAAGUGGCCGACCUGGGCUUCAACAACACUGAUUUCUACAUGAUCGUCCCGGCAGGAGGGACCUUUGAAGAUGCCAUUGAGGUGUUGUGCGAAUUGGAAACCACCGCCGAGAAAGCAAACGGACGCUGGACAACUGCACUGUGGCUGGCGAAAAAUGACCUGACUCAUACCCUCCCUGAGUACGAGGGAGGGUUCGGGAAUCCUGCCAUCAAUUCUGCUUUGUCUUUUGGAAUGGGGGUAACUAAUCUGUCAAAACUUCACUACGGGAGACUGGAUGAGCAACGGCCUCUGGUUUAUCAGUAUGUGAUCACGCUGGCUGGGGGAGACAUAUAUCAUGCAACAUACACUGAUGUGAUGCUUGCCGAUGAGGAAUUCUACCCUAUGUUGCGUGCGGAAGGUUACCAUGGAAACGCCGGAAACUACUUCUUACGCUGCAAUCCGCUUGGAGCAAUGUCAUUGGAAUCAUGGGGGGAUUGUCCCCUUAUUAAGGACGGCACGCUUACGUGGGGAACGCUGGCGAACAUUGCAUCCAUUCAGCUGAGAGUUCGGCCGAAGUUUUAUGACACAGAGACGUCCUGUCCAGCCUUGAACAUCUCUGAGGUCGAAUGGCCAUUGACGAACAACACCGAAGUCGACAUUCCUAUCUCACGAGGACACGGGUCGAUCAUAACCUACGAGUGCAUAGGGGAGUACAUGCUAGCGGGGACUGUAGGAGGACAAGGCUCUGCAAACGGUGAACUGGUGUGUACAUCUACUGGCAAAUGGAAUCUUAAUGUGACGCUCCCUUGCAAGCUCACUUGCCCCACCGGUUUUUUCAAAUCGGAAAAUAAAAAGGCUUGUUAUAAGUUCCUGACAAGCACUUCAACCUUUGGCCUCGAGUCUGCUGCUCUCCAAUGCAGUAACUUCAGCGCUUCCCUGGCUGUCAACUUCGAGACGAACGACCUUUCAGACGCAUCCAGUGCCCUCUACUACACAGGCUAUACAGAAAGAAUCCCAACAUACCAAGAGGCUGUGACCCCCUUAGGAGAGCCAGAUGCCACCUUCAACUCCUCGUGGUACCUGAUUUCUCGCUUACUCUACUCCGAUAAGGCCCAACAUUACGCCAGCUACGGUUUGUGUCCGAAUGGAAACUGCUUCCAGGCAUCGAACCCCCCAUCGUGCAUGCUUGUUACAACCAGCGGUGAAGUGAAGACUGAUAACUGUUCAGUCUCGACCAAUUUGCCAAUGUGUAUGGUGCCAGCCAGAUGCCCCCCAGACUUCGUGGAGUACCGUGGCAUCUGUUACCUCUUCCGGGCACACGAAGCAGACAUCACAGGGGCACUGACGGCUUGUACACUGAAAGGAGCUUCACUGGCGUUUCCAAAAGACAUGGAUACCCUUUUCUUCCUCGUGGGUAUGGUGGAGUUUAUGAUGAGCAAUACCUCAGCUACACCGCCCGUCACUGUACACCUUGGGAUGAACGACGUGACGGGAGACUGGACUCUGGGAGGCCUAUACACGCCCAGCAGUGAGGUCGUGGCCGCCAUGGGACAGACGCCCACAGUAGAUCCCCCACAGGCAUGGAGGCUGCUUAGUGUUCCCGGCAGUAGCGCAGGUGCAAUUUACUCCAUUACUCCUUCUACGCUCACAGACGUAGUGACCCACGCUCUCUGCCAACUCCAUGGACCAAUCUGGUGCAAGGAGGACCCACCUCCGGCCACUGACAACAUGACGGUGACUUGGAACGGAGAUCAUGUUGUGGGCACGUUGGCAGAAUACUCAUGCGCCCCUGGUUUCUUCAUGGACGGUAACAUUACCACAAGCAACUGGACCAUGCAGUGUCUCGGUCAGCUGGGCGAAUGGUUCCCUCAACCGUUACCCGAGUGCAGACAAGCCAAUGUAUGCCUGGAAGAAAUGCCAACUGUCCCUUCUCCACUCAUAUCAAAUACAACGGACAAGAACGUGAGGUACUUGUUCGGAACGGCCCAAUAUUGGUGUCCCGAAGGCAUGACAACGUUACAAGGGAUGGCGGUUCAGAACGUUACUUGUACCCUCAGCGACACCGUUUAUUCGUUCACGCCAACCGUUGUGGAGGAUUGCACGGUCUGCGCCUUACAACCGACUGCAGGGAAUGCUACCACAGACUGGACAAACACCACAACAUAUUCUGUGGGUCAGACUGUGACAGCUUCUUGUAUACCAUCUCACCACGUACAGACUGGUCAAAACAGCAGUCUUGUUGAGUGUACAGAGACUGGGUGGACAAAUGUCAGUGCUUGUUAUGAAGCUUGCGUGGACAGCCCCCCAGAAGCUGGAACCAAUAUGACCCGAGAGAAUUUCACAGAUGACCACAUUGGCAUUGUUCUGGCGUAUGAUUGCUCUCCUGGUUUCUGGCUGCAGACUGACCAGGAGAACCCAGUGCCUGUGAACCAGACUACCGUCACGUGCAACAGCGAAGGAGUGUGGGAGCCAAGGAGGUCGCCUCUUAAGUGUGUUCUUCUGUGCACUGAGGAUCCCCCAGCUCCCAUCGCUCCAGUUACCAGUACCUGGGAUGGUUCCAACAGGUCCGUCAACUACCAGGUAAUGAUGUCGUGUCCUGAAGGUCAGCUGUUCAAGAACCUGAGUGCUGUGGUUACUGUCACGUGUGAAGCCAGCACUCAGUGGACCAGCGUUCCGGAUGAUCUCCUCGUCUGUACUCUUGCAUCGAACAGCACGCCGAUUAUGCCCGAGAACAUCACAGCGGCCACGCAGGUCGAGUGGCCGGGACCCCCUUACCUCGUCGGGUCAUCUUAUAACGUGACCUGCGCCGAGGGUACGAUGACUCCGUCCGGCAAGACUUUCAUGACCACCAACCUCACUGCAGACGGCUGGACGGCAAUCGACUCCGACUUCAUAUGUUAUAAUGUGAGCGACGUCCUACCUGACGCCCUCUUGGAACUAUUCGCCGAGUUUGACAUCGAAUUCGCUUCUCUGACCUCCGAGAACGGGCUCACCGAAGUCACCCUCGGAAACAUGACCUUGACCUUCGGCGACGCCCCUUAUGUCGUAGGAUCGACCAUCUCCUUCAGCUGCGUUACCUGGACGUCGACCCAGAGCGGAGAGACGUCGAUGACUGUGGCGUACACUCCGGAGGGCUGGGAGGAGGUGGACCCCGGCUUCGUUUGCAACAGUAAGUGUCUCUGAUUUUUCAUUUAUUUUAUUUUUCAAGAUGGUGCAUUUUGUGGAUAUAGUGCUAUAAGUGUAUUUUUCCAUUUUAAUGUAUAUAUGGCUGUAGGUAGUUGCAUAGAUAGAUAAUAGACAGAGA